GCACAAAGAAUGACCGGGUAACUUUUGAGAGAAGGUGACCGGUCAUAUCACUUUACUUGGCUAACAUUGGUUCAGUUUCUUAGGCAUGGUGAACCACGUCAGAGGUCAAGGGGACACCCCGCCGCUCAUCCAUCACGAGGCACACAGUGAAAGGGAUACAGGAGGGUCCAAACUAAAGGCCACAUAUGACGGAUCCAUCCACCAAAUAAGGGAUGAUAAGAAGGGAGAGCAACCCAAGAGACAAUGGACGGAGAAGUGGUGCACAUACCACCAAUCCGAUUCCCACAACACGGCGGAUUGCCGAAAUGUCAAGGCUGUGCUCAAGGAGAUGGCCUUGAAAGGAGAGCUUGGGGAAGGUUACGCGACGGGUAAUAAGAAAGACCCGAAAGCGAACACCUGGACCCGUCAUCAGGGAAAAGACCAGGGAAGGAGAAAAUCCGGGAAGGAUAACAACAAUCCGGAUAAAGAAUUUAUACAGAUGAUUGUCGGCGGCCCGGAAGGCGGGGAUACUGCCUCCCAGCGGAAGAACUGGGCCAGGAGCUUGCACGUGGCGGUGGUUUCCUUGGAGUCACAUGGGAAGCAGGCAAGGAGGGAACCUAUCACUUUCACUGAUAGGGAUCUGCCCAGGACGGGGGGAAAUCAUAAUGACCCUUUGGUUAUUACAAUGGACAUCAAUGGAGCUGAUGUGGCCAGGGUCCUGGUUGACACAGGAAGCAGCGUCAAUGUUCUAUACUUGGAUGCUUUCAAGAAAUUGAAGCUGGACAGGACAGUGACCAAACAAAUGAGAUUUGUUGUGGUCGACAUCAAGUGUGUGCAUAAUGCCAUUCUGGGUAGGCCUGGGAUCAACCAGGUCAGGGCUAUUAUUUCCAUGGCACACUUAUGCAUGAAGUUUUACACUCCCAAUGGAAUUGGGGAGGAAAGGGGUGAUCAAAAGAACGCCCGGUCCUGCUACCUGGAAGCAGUCAAGAAGAUGACCCGCCAGUUCGAACAAAUUGAAUUGGUCUCCCAGCAUGUAGACAAGGGUGAGGAGAAGGCUAGGAUCGAGCCGGAUGCAAACACGGAGGAGAUCCUGAUUGAUGCCUCCAAUCCUGAGAGGAAGGUCAAAAUUGGGGCUGACCUUCGGGAAGAGCUAAGGACUGAGAUUGUCCAGGUGUUGACCAGGUAUAAAUCAUUAUUUGCCUGGAGUGUUGCUGAUAUGCCCGGGAUUGACCGGUCAGUCAUUUGCCAUCGUCUCUCUGUUCUUGAGGGGUCUAGGCCUGUAAGACAGAAGAAGAGAUUUUUGGCAAGUGAUAGGAGGGACUUUGUGAAGAAAGAGGUCAAAGACCUACUUGAGGUAGGUCAUAUCAGGGAAGUAAACUACCCUGAAUGGCUGGCCAAUGUUGUCCUGGCCCCGAAGGGACAUCACAUGACCUGGACAUUUGCAAGAGAUGGAAUUGACCAGAACAUGAAAAGACCUGGACGCUAUCAACAAAGCCUACCAGACCUAGACGUUUCUAAGGCGUUAACCAAAGACCAUGACAUGAGGUGACCUGGACAACUACAAAGGAUAAAGCCGGUUACUUUUUUUGACUUGGAAUCAAGCAUAUUCAAGAAAAUUAUCAACCAAGCCAAUGAGGCCUGGACGUUUUCAGGACCAGGAAAUGAGAUGGCCUGGGCAUUUUUUCAAAAAGAUUCCUAGGGUAUAAGGCCGGUUAGUUUUAUUGACUUGGAAGUUCAUUCAAAGGCGAUCAAGAAAAGGAAAAGAAAAGCAAUAACCAUGCAUAAAAAAGGAGUUCAACCAUG